UUCCAACGUGUAAACUGCAAAGCAAAAGUGACCAAACUUAUGGGAAUUCGGAGCAUACUAUGGGCAAAAAUCAAAACAAAAAGCCCGAGGAAGUAUUUGAAGAAUAUUCAGACAUGAAUGACAACGACAGCGAUAAUGAAGACAGUGAUACUUCCAUGAGUACCUCUGGUUCAGAUGCAUCCGAUGAUGAAAUCGAACAUUUCGAAAGUUCAGCUGUAACUGAGGCAGAAUCGGACGUGGACGAACCCGUUGAGGCCGAAGAGGAAGAGGAAGACGAGACUAUCAAAGCUAUUAGAUUGGAAUCCCAAAAAGAAAGAGAUCACCCCCCUAGUAUACAAUGCGAGGACUUUAUAACGGAUAUAUCAUUUCAUCCCCAUAACGAUUUACUGGCUGUAGCUACUAUAGUAGGAGACGUGCUGCUCUACAAAUAUUCCAACGAUGAAAAUACGCUGGAAAAUACAUUAGAAUUACAUACAAAAGCAUGUAGAGAUGUUGAAUUCAGUCUAGAUGGAAAAAUAUUAUUUUCUACUUCUAAAGAUAAAUCUAUCAUGCUGAGCGAUGUCGAAACAGGAAAAUUGGUUAAAUUCUAUGAAGAUUCUCAUGAUGUCCCUGUUUAUUGCUUAACUGUUAUCGAUGAGAACUUAUUUGCUACAGGCGAUGAUGAUGGUACGAUAAAAUUAUGGGAUUUGAGAGAAAAAAGCGAUAAACAAAUAUACAAAACCAGGAAAAAUGAGGAUUAUAUAAGCGAUUUAGUUACAAACGAUUCAAAAAAAUACCUUGUCGGAUCCAGUGGAGAUGGAUCCAUUAUCAGCAUAAAUCUCGAACAGAGAUGCGUUCACAUGCAAUCUGAAGAAUACGACGAAGAACUAACUAGUAUGGGAAUAUUCCGAUCAGAAACUAAACUAGUAGCAUCUUCAUCUAAAGGAAGAUUGUUCGUUUACAAUUGGGACGAGUUCGGCCUUCACAGCGACAUUUUUCCAGGCCCUAAAACCUCGAUAAACGCAUUGAUGCCCAUAACUGAGAAUAUCGUGGUAACUGCAUGUGAAGACGGUAACUUACGAGCCUCUCACUUGUUCCCCCACAGACAUCUGGGUAUUGUGGGACAGCACAACAUGCCCGUAGAAAACGUAGAUAUUUGCAAUAGCGGUCAAUUUUUAGCAUCUAGUAGCCACAAUAACGACAUCAGAUUUUGGAACAUACAGUAUUUCGAGGAUUUCGAAAAAAUGGAUCAAAAGCACAAGAAACAUAACAAAAAGAAGGAAUUGAAGAAUAAUUUACCCUCGUCGAAUGUCAAAAAUGCUUCUGAUUUUUUUAGUGGUUUGGUUUAAAUUAUGAAAAUAAAGAUAAUGAAAGCG